GGGAUUCCACAGACUACGAUGAAACAACAACGGUAUAGUUCUGACUUUGGGGUGGUUGGUCUCACGUCAUCAGUUGAUGAUGAUAUGAAGGAGCCAAGGAAAAAGAUUGCCAGAUACGAUUUGGGAACCGUGAUGGACGACGACAAUGCUAACACACCUGCGUUAAUCGCACCAAACUGGCAAAAUGUCUUAGAACCAGAAGAGUUGACUCCAGAGGAGAGAGAUCGCGUGAGGCAGAGGCGAGAAAAGAACAGAAAAGCUGCUGAGAAAUGCCGCAAGAAGAAGAAAGAGAGGGAAGUUUUACUGGAAGAGGAAGCAGAUAAAUUACAGGAGGAAAAACAGGGAUUGCUGGAACAAAUUGACACACUCAAGGAAGAAAGGGAACGUUUAAAAUUCUACCUACAGUCGCAUGCACUUUCUUGUGGUCUCCGCUAUCCGCCAACUUUCACAAUAUUGACAACAUCAUCCGACCAGUACAGCCACGAUUUGCCUAGAUCGCAUGAGCGAGACCUUGCGGCAUCACUGCGCAAUGUUCCGCACGAUAGUAACCAUGACAGCAACUUGGCCUUUGAGUUAGAAAACAGAACCCUCUCUUUGCUGCCUUCUCGAGAUGAACUGGAAAUAGAUUGA